GCCACGAGCCAUAGUCGCGUCGGUGCGCUCGUUGGAAGCGGUUCAACUUUUCUACUUCUCCCGUCGUCAGCACACGCGGACCGAUCCCCGUCCACCGUGCCCGUGCCGAAAAGAGAACGUGUCCGGGCCAUUACACUUUCGCUUGCGCCCAGUGCCAGUCCGUUCCGGGUGAUCAGUGCUUUCGCUGUUUCCCAAGUGUCCCAAGGGCCGUAUUUUGCGUGAAAACUUUAGAGGUCGUCCUAGGAUGUCGCUGGUUCCGGUUCACUGUCGCACCUGGUGGGACGACUGGGAUCUGCCGCUGUAUACGCGCGUCCUCGAGAAGUCGAUGACGCACGAGGUGCUGUCGGGAGACGACUACUGGCGGGUACCGCCACUGGCGCCCCUGCGCUGGUCCAGCCUCUACCGACCCUGGCGCUACUUUAGCCUGCGGGACGUCGGUGCCAAGGUGGACACCGAUCGCGAUCGCUUCCAGAUCGAGCUCGACGUGCAUCAGUUUUUGCCGCACGAGGUCACCGUGCGCCGCACGGACAAGUACGUCACGAUCGAGGGCAAGCACGAGGAGAAGCGGGACGAGCAGGGCUACGUGGCGCGACAGUUUUCCCGCCGCUACCUGGUACCAAUUGGGUACGACGCCAAUCUGAUCGUGUCGUCGCUCUCGUCCGACGGCGUCCUGACGGUCACUGCCCCGAGGAUCGGCCUGCCGGCGCCGAAAGUCGAAAAGUACGUGCCCAUCUGGCACACCGGUAAACCGGCCAUCGAGGACAAGAAUUCUUCGCGCCGCUACUUGACGUACCUCAAGUGAUCGGUCGUGAUGGGUCGCCUUGACGCAAGCGUGGCUUCACUGUGUACCGAUUUUAAACGAAUGCACGUAACCGACAGCACCCAGCACCGGUGAGCACGCGCGUGCACCAACGCACCAAAAUACGCACCACGUUCUAGCGCUGAAGCGAUAGCCCCGAUAACCAGCUAAAGAUGUGAUUCAUUAGUGAAAUUGUUUUCGUUUGCCACGUGGACGCCACCCCGUGGCGAUCACACCGUCCACUGUACUGCCACUGUGGACCACUCCGCGGCCCGAUCCUGCUAGUGGGACCGACAUCCUUAGACCAAUUUCUCCCCGCUAGAGCCCUGUGUUGCUGUUUCAAAGCUAGUCUACCUGCGAGUGAUAGGAAUUUAACCAAAAACGGUUAGCGUUGAAACUAACCUGAACUAAUAUCAAUAAAAAUCGUAACGAGUGGAGUGUGUACCUUUCGAACGCACCGUCAGUUUGACUUCGAUAUUA